AUGCCCACGGACUCGCUCACCCACAGAUGGCUCCGCCACAACAUACAGUCCUACCCCGCACACGACAUUGUCUUCGCCCACACCGACGCCGUCCUCGCCCGCUACCCCACAGUCCGCCCAAAGACGGAUGUCUACACAUAUGACGACGGGCGCACCCAGCUCCUGCUCUGCCUCCAUGGCCUUCUCCCUAUCGCGUACCGCGGCGCGUCGUACAACAUUCCCAUCGCCAUAUGGCUCACAAGGGAGUACCCCCGACAGCCCCCUAUUGCAUAUGUCGUCCCCACCACCGACAUGAUUGUCCGCCCCGGUCCCGACAUGGAUGUCAGCGGAAGAUGCCAAGUAGAGUAUCUGCGCAACUGGCAGAGGAAAAGCGAGGGAUGCAACCUAGCUGCGUUAAUACAAGCAAUGCAGGACAGUUUCUCACGUGUCCCGCCCGUCAAUGCCAAACCGGCUGGGGUGCCGUCCUCCUCAGCCAUGCAGAGGUCGCAGACGACAAGUCCGGAAUAUUCUGCGCGACCGCCGCCGCCCCUCCCGGGCGCACAAGCCCGUUCGCACACGGCCUCUCCCCCUAGUGCUGUCACCCAAACUGAUGGACGUCCACCCCUUCCCGCCAGACCAGCUCAUUCCGCUGUCAUUCCCGUGCAAUUUUCCAGCAGUUCUACCAUUCCUCCCUCUUCUCCUCCUCCGAACAACGACCGGAGCGAUUCUCCCAAUGUGCUUGCGAAUGCAUCUCUUGGCAUGAGACCCCCGCCUCCUUUACCUCCGCAUCCGCCGGCGUACUCACUUCCUGUUUCGCCGGCAGGCGAUCCACGCCUCGGCACGUCCCCGCCCCCUUUGCCACCUCCCUUUGUCUCGCCCCAGCUGUCCACAGGCUUCCCGCCACAUCAGCCCCGCCCAGCACCCCCGGCGCCACCCCCGCCCGCUGCACUCACGCCAGCAUUUUCGGUCUCCCCUCCGCCACCACGCGCGCCUGUGCCCUCCGUUAUCCCACCGGACCUCCUCGACGGCGACGAGCCAGCGCAGGCGCGGCCGGGCACGCCGCCCUCGGCUGCGCCUCCGCGUCCGCCGAAUCCGGAGCUGCUCCGGCUGCACGCGCAGGUGCACGCGAAGCUGCAGUCCGAGCUGGCGUCGCUGCAGCACGCGAUGGCGCUCGACGCGGAGCGCCUGCGCGCGCACCAGGCGGACCUGCUCGCGGGCGAGCCGGCGAUCCGCGACGAGAUGGCGCGCCUCGAGGCCGUGCGCAGCGUGUGCGGCGCGGUCGCGGAGCGCAUGCGCGUGGUCGUUGACGCGGGCGAGCGCAACGUCGCGGAGCUCCGGCGCAAGGGCGACCCGGAGGUGGACGAGCUCGUGUGCUCGACCACGAUCGUGCAUAAUCAGCUCGUCAAUUUGGUGGCGGAGGACAACGCCAUCGAAGACACCAUUUAUCAUCUGCACCGUGCGCUCAACACCGGGCGGAUAGAUCUGGAGCGGUUCAUUAGAACCACGCGCGUGCUCGCGGAAGAGCAGUUCAUGAAGCGCGCCCUCAUCGAGAAAAUCGAGACCGGGCUCCCGCCGGACGACGCGGAGCUCGCGUGGACGAUGGCGUCCGAGUGGAGUGAGAUGUAGAGUCCGUUCGUGCACUUAUUCUUCUUCUGGGUAGUGGGCAGUGGGCAGCUGGGGGCCCAGAACACGCACACGGAAA